AUGUCAAAAAAGGCAUCCUUAGCCCUACCUACACAACCGUACUGUCGUAUUCACUGUCGUCAAUCAGCUGUACGUGCAGUACGUUUCAAUGCUGAUGGUAAUUAUUGUAUGACUGCUGGUGGUGAUAAAACAAUAAAAUUAUGGAAUCCUUAUAAUUUUCGUCUACUGAAAACGUACACAGGCCAUGGAGGUGAAGUAUCUGAUGUACGGGCAGGUAAAGAUAAUAGUCAACUUGGUUCUGGUGGAGCAGACUGUCUAGUUAUGUUAUGGGAUGUUGCUACAGGACAAUCUAUUCGUCGAUGGCGUCGACAUGCUGGACGUGUAAAUUCUGUUCUAUUCAUUGCACCCUUUCUUAACUCUGAUGCAUUAGAUCCUAGUCCAAUUUUAUUAUCAACUGGUGUUGAUGGAAUGGUUUUAGUCUGGGAUGCUAGAGCACGAACUCCUUAUCCAGUUCAGACUAUGCAUGAAGCACGUGACAGUGUUACUUGUUGUGCAUUUCGUCGAAAUCAAAUUGUCACUGGUUCUGUUGAUCGAUGCGUACGAACUUAUGAUAUUCGACGAGGUGAAAUGAUUGAAGACUAUGUAGGCUAUCCAAUUACAUCAGUUUCAAUUACAAUGGAUUGUCAAUGCUUUCUGGUUGGUACACAAGAUUCUACUUUACGUUUAUUCGAUGCAUUGACUGGUGAACUGUUGAGCAGAUACACUGGACAUACUAAUCAAACAUACAAGAUGGACAGUAUAAUGAUGAAUUUAGAUCAUCAUAUAGUUAGUGGAUCGGAAAGAGACGGUCUUGUUUUCAUAUGGGAUUUUAUACGUUCUGGUGCACCGAUUCAUACACUUGACCAUCAACCUGGUGGAAGCGCCUGGGGUGUCCUGUCUCCGCAUAAUCCAGAUCCAGUUGCUGAAUUGAUUAUUGAGACGGCUAAAUCAGUCAGCUUUAUGAUUCAUUCCGUAUCAGCACAUCCAAAAGAGAGUAAAUUGCUUACUUCGGGUGGUGAUUUCGUUUGGUUAUGGGAUGCUGAACCGAAGGAUGUUGAAAAGGAUGAAUAA